CCCGCCCCGCCGGCGGUGCCAUGCCCAGCGCGGCGCCCGCCGAGCAGCGCCCUAAGGCUCCUCGUUCGCCCCGUGCGGCCUCGCCCGCGGCGCUGGGCAGCGGCGGCAGAACCGAGAGAGAGAAUAUAUGAAGGAGGAGGUGGAGGAGUGUGCUGAAGAUGAGGCGACUGAAUCGCAAGAAGACCUUGAAUUUGAUGAAAGAAUUGGAUGCCUUUCCAAAGGUUCCUGAAAGCUAUGUGGAGACUUCAGCGAGUGGAGGCACAGUUUCUCUGAUAGCAUUUACAACAAUAGCUUUCCUGACUGUGAUGGAAUUCAUGGUGUACCGGGACACAUGGAUGAAAUAUGAAUAUGAAGUAGACAAGGAUUUUACUAGUAAAUUAAGAAUCAAUAUUGAUAUUACAGUUGCCAUGAGGUGUCAGUAUGUGGGGGCCGAUGUUCUGGAUUUAGCAGAAACAAUGGUUGCCUCUGCAGAUGGGCUAAUCUAUGAGCCAGUAGUAUUUGAUCUCACCCCACAACAAAAAGAAUUGCAAAGGAUGCUGCAAUUAAUUCAGAGUAGGCUGCAGGAAGAACAUUCUCUUCAAGAUGUGAUAUUCAAAAGUGCAUUUAAAAGUGCUUCUACAGCACUGCCACCACGGGAAGAUAAUUCAUUGCACUCUCCAGAUGCAUGCAGAAUUCAUGGUCAUCUCUAUGUCAAUAAAGUGGCAGGGAACUUUCACAUAACUGUGGGCAAGGCAAUACCACACCCUCGAGGCCAUGCACACUUGGCAGCCCUUGUAAGCCAUGAGUCCUAUAACUUCUCCCAUAGAAUAGAUCAUUUGUCAUUUGGAGAGCUUAUUCCAGGAAUUAUUAAUCCUUUGGAUGGAACAGAAAAAAUCGCAUCCGAUCACAACCAGAUGUUCCAGUAUUUUAUCACAGUUGUGCCAACCAAACUCCAUACGUAUAAAAUUUCAGCAGAAACUCAUCAAUUCUCAGUGACAGAAAGGGAAAGAGUAAUUAACCAUGCAGCUGGCAGCCAUGGGGUGUCAGGAAUAUUCAUGAAAUAUGAUAUCAGUUCACUCAUGGUGACAGUGACAGAAGAACAUAUGCCUUUUUGGCAGUUCUUAGUGAGGCUCUGUGGCAUUAUUGGGGGAAUUUUUUCAACUACAGGAAUUUUACAUGGCUUUGGAAGAUUUGUAGCAGAAAUUAUUUUUUGCCGUUUCAGGCUGGGCUCUUACAAAUCCACAUCGGUCCCACUUUCUGAUGGCCACACAAGCAACCACUUACCUCUAAUUACAGACAAUAGUACACAUUAGCCUCCUGAGAAAAUUUUCUUUCUUCCUGCCUGAUACAGAAGACUUUUUUUUAUAAUAAACAUUGUGCAAUAUGCUGAGACAGUGCUGAUGGGCAGCAAAAAAACAAAGCCUUUACAAAAAAACCAACAACAACAGCAAAACAAUUUGUGUAAUUUUUUUGUCUUUCUGAGUGCACGUGGAGUGAUAGAAAGUUGUGAGACCAGUGAGGUGGACCAUCUGGAGAGUAAAGGAGUGUUACUGCCGACACAAUAUUCAUGGUCGAGCUGAACGUCUUCGUGGUGGCUGCCAUUGACCACUGAAGCAUCUUAGUGAUGCCUGGGAAGGCUGCAGGCCCCAAGGAGAGAAGAGUACAAGUGGGAUGUGUGGAAUGCACACAGGGACAGCAAUAGAGCUGGGGUUUCUCUUAGGUAUGCAAACGGGGGAUUGGGUUUUCUUGUUCUUUUGUAAUGCUGGGGCUGAGGGCUAAGAUGCCUCAUACAGGUGGGGAGCAAUCCUAGAAAAUCCUGAAGAAGAGGGGGAUGAGAGAGAACUUGGAGUAAGGUGGAGCCCAAGCCAUGAUGUUGGUCAUAGCUCCUGCCUUUCUGCAGUCCCACCAUUCCUUAGUGGAAGAAACAUACUGCAGAGCAGAGGAGUUCCUCUGUUUCCACACAUCCGCUGUGCCAGCAGUGAGAGUGUCACUUCUGGCAUCGGUGUGGAAGUGCUUAAAGACUCUCAAAAUGCCCUCCAGUGUGCACAGUUUUUUUUACUUGGAAUAAGGCUUUUAAAUAAGGCAUUU